AUUUCUACCAUGUGAUAAUGGAAGUCAGAGAAAGGCUGCUUGGAUGGAUGUUUGAUAUAACUUUAGAAUAUAAUAUUUUGUUUCAGGCCCAAGGCUGGCCAGGGCCCUAAAUAUACUGGUCUCUCAUCUUAGCAGUACUUUUUCCUUCCAAGACCUACCUGACCAUUCUAUAGUAAGUUUGGGCCUGGCUGUGGCCCUUCCUUUCCUCAUCAGGUUAGGACAGCUCUAAACCAGUGGUUACACAACUAAGAUGAAUGUUUUUAGAAUCUACUUGCUUCCUCUCAUUGAAAUUCAGGAAGCCUUGUGCCUGCCCCUGGCUAAAGUACAAUUUAGCUGAGCUUUUGUUCCACUUGUGAAUAGUUUUUGCUGGAAGCCCCUCAGCCAGACGCCAGUGAUCCCAACAGCCGGACAACAGCAGAGUGUGCUUUGGCCAAGUGCCAUGACACGGGAGGGCCAAUUCAGGGAAGAACUGGGCUAUGAUCGGAUGCCCACACUGGAGCGGGGUCGGCAGGACCCAGGACGGCAGGACCCUGGCAGCUAUACUCCUGACUCAAAGCCCAAGGAUCUUCAGCUGUCAAAGAGGCUGCCUCCAUGCUUCAACUAUAAGACGUGGGUCUUUUCCGUAUUGAUGGGGAGCUGCCUUCUGGUGACCUCCGGGUUUUCACUUUACCUGGGGAAUGUGUUCCCCUCUGAGAUGGAUUACUUGCGGUGUGCAGCAGGCUCUUGCCUCCCCUCUGCAAUUGUGAGCUUUGCUGUUGCAAGGAGAAAUGUCAGUGCGAUUCCCAACUUUCAGAUAUUGUUUGUUUCUACAUUUGCUGUUACCACUACAUGCUUAAUCUGGUUUGGAUGCAAACUGAUCUUGAAUCCAUCAGCAAUAAAUAUAAACUUCAACCUAAUCCUGCUUCUGCUUCUGGAGCUUCUCAUGGCAGCCACAGUGAUUAUCUCUGCACGUUCCAGUGAGGAGUCCUGCAGGAGGAAGAAGGGCUCCAUCUCUGAAAGCACCAGUGUUCUAGAUGAAGUGACAUUCCCUGCUCGGGUCCUAAAAUCCUACUCUGUGGUUGAGGUGAUUGCUGGUGUCUCUGCUGUCCUUGGUGGGGUGAUCGCUCUAAAUGUAGAUGAUGCUGUCUCAGGCCCACACCUCUCAGUGACAUUCUUUUGGAUCUUAGUGGCUUGUUUUCCAAGUGCCAUUGCCAGUCAUGUUGCAGCAGAGUGUCCUAGCAAGUGUCUGGUGGAGGUACUUAUUGCCAUCAGCAGCCUCACAGCACCGCUGCUGUUCACAGCCUCUGGGUACCUGUCCUUCAGUGUGAUGAGAAUUGUGGAGAUAUUUAAGGAUUAUCCACCAGCUAUCAAAUCCUAUGAUGUGCUCCUGCUGCUGCUGUUGCUGGUGCUGCUGCUACAGGGGGGUCUCAACACGGGUACUGCCAUCCAGUGUGUGAGCUUCAAAGUCAGCUCAAGGCUUCAGGGCAUGUCGUGGGACACUCACACCUGCCCACAGGAUCGCCCAACAGGAGAGGUGGUUAGAAGCCCCUUGAAGGAGUUUGACAAAGAGAAAGCCUGGAGAGCUGUCGUGGUGCAAAUGGCCCAGUGACAGCAGGACGGGAAAACAGUUGCAGUCCUGCUGGCCCCCAGCAUGUUCAACUGCACAGAUUCUAACUGACCAUGCUGCCGCUUCUACUUUCUAACACAUCCUUCCCCUUCUGAAAGGGACAGACAGGCUGCAAAAGUGUCAUAGUUUAAGCUUUGUGCUUUGUCAGAUGGGUCAGUUCAAUGUUUCUCAGGUAGUCCUGUUGCCCAGGAAAUCCUUGUGUCCCAGUCCUCUUCACUUCUUCACUUGACCUUCACCCAUACAAAGUCUGUCCCUGCCUGCUGGUUUAGUGUCUCACUUCCAUGCCCCAUCAUGGCCCAGUCGCUUCUUCACUUCCUACCUGCCAGGCUGCAGGGACAUUUUGGGUAUACUAAUAACACUGGCUUUGGGGAUGAGGAUGUAGCUCAAUCAAUAGAAUACCUGCUUAGCAGGAGGCUCUUGGGUUCAGUCCCAAGCACUACAUAAAGCUAGGUGUGGUGGUGCUUGCCUGUAAGCCUGUAAUCCCAGCAGUUGAGUGGUAGAGGUAGGAGGAUCAGAAGAAGUUCAAGGCCAUUCACAGGUACACAGUAAGGGCUACAUGAGCACUGUCUCAAAACAGCCACAAAUGCACUGGCUUUGAUUAAAAUCAUGGCCAAGAACUUGUUUGUAUGCCACCUCCUCUUACCAGAGGACCCCUGGAUGCCCUCAAAUGAUAUAGGUACAAUAACUACAGGGUGCACCUUGUAAAACAAUGCGUUUAAAUCUCUUUAGAAAUUGCUUUCUGGCUGCUGUGCACUUCGCAACAGUUCUGUUUCUCUUGCUGUAGGAGGUGAGCAGCAGUGCUCUGGCAGACACUGCCCUUUACUGAACUGGGGUGUAUAGUCAGUUAUUCUCCAGGGUCCAUAGGAAGGCUAGAGACCCCAAAGGACUAGUGGACCUGAGAUUUACAAACAGAAUGGAGCAGUCUGGGCGGAGGGGUGAGAGGCUUCUCCUUUCUAAAGGCAGGUAACCCUGGAUGCUAGGAUCCAUGGAAAGUGGGGUCAUUGUUUUCAAACAGAAGAAUGCAGGUAAGAUAUCUUGAAUGUGGAAAGUACCAAGCAAGGAGGCUUUCUCUGUCUUCAGUCCUGGGCAGCCCUUCUGCCAUCUUCCGCCUCUGCGGCCACAAAGGGCAGAGCCCUAUGGCCCCAAGCAAGCACCAGCAGGAGAGGCCACUUUUGUGUGCCUGGGUGCAGAGCCAACUGACUUUGAACUUCCUGCAGCUCUUGCCCCCACGCUCCUGAGUAGGGAGGAAGCCAUGGGCACACCAGGCUGGCAGCCAUCUUCCAGGGACCAGAGACUUCAACUUUCAGAGUUAGCAUAGGGAGUCUGAGGGUUACUGCUGGCUUGCACUUUCUUAUUUUAGAGAGCUUGAAAACUCAGACAAAUAGGGUUUUUGAAUUGUUCCCUGUAUACUUUUGUUUAAUAUGCUUGAGCAAUAAAUGCUAACAUGCAAAUGUG